AGUACGUAGAGGGUGUCACAAUACUGUACAAUGCAGGCAGCAGCACUUGUGUAUAAGGUGACGUGUGCCCAGACAGGGCAAUCGGACCUCGCUCAGUUAACUGAUGAUCUGUCUGGUCAAAUCCAGAAAGAUGAAUUGGAGCAAAUCUUGGGGAAUAAGCAGCUGUUUGCUGUUGUCUGUGGGCCGGAUGGAAAGAAAACUGUCAUUGCCAAGACACAGCUGAGGCACUGCAAGGCCCAGGAUUGUAGCGGCUGCUCAAACUUACACCUGUGCAAAUUUUACCUGCUUUGUGAAGAUUGCCCACAUAAUCGUGGAAGGAGAGUGUGUCGCUUCAGCCAUGAUCUGUACUCUGAUCAUAACAGCCAGGUGCUGCGGCAACACUAUGUGCAAGAGCUCCAGCGGGGGGAGUUGUGUACUCUACUCCUGCAGAAUGACUACACUCUUUUGCCACCGGUGUGCUUUACCUUCAACAGAGGUAAAGGGGAGUUUGGGUACUGUUCCGACAAGGACAGUUGCCGAAGGCUCCACAUCUGUGAGAAGUACCUCAGAGGCAACUGUGACACAGGUGACUGUGACAGGUCACAUGACUUCUUCGAGCCCCACCCAAUGGGAACGCUGCAGGCCAGGGGUGUAUCUAGUGGAAUGGUAGGGUCCUUGCUAUCCGUGUAUCGGAAUAUUCUGGCAAUGAAGGAUUCUAACAACCCGGGUAUCCACUGCAGAGAUGGACCAAAAGAAAUAUGCCUCUUUCAUAUCAAGACUUACUGCAAACAAGGAAACAGGUGUGGAAAGGUCCAUUUCGACUUGCCCUACAGAUGGGAGUUUAAAGAUAGACAAGGCUGGUCGGGGCUUACAGACAACGAAGCCAUAGAGCAGGACUACUGUGACCCAGCAAAGACAUACAGUGGGGGAAAUGUACCUGUACAUUUUGACACCAUGACCCGUAAUUCGGUCGAGGUCCGGCGCAUCUCCACAGCCUCCUCGGUGACCCAGCCCAACUUCAUGCUGACCACCAGAUGGGCCUGGUACUGGGAGGAUGAGUUUGAAAACUGGACUCAGUACACAUCAUCAGAGGGAGCUCACCAUUCAGCGUCCAUCACUACUGAGGAACUAGAGAAGAGGUACCAGGAGGGCAACAACGCUGUCAUCGAGUUCACGGCUGGCAAACACACCUAUGAGCUCAGCAUGCAAGACAUGAUUCAGACAAACAAGCGGUUUGGCACCAAAAGGCUAAUGAGAAGACGACCCCUCUUUGUCUCAGCGACAGAGGUUCAAAACAUUAAAUCAAGUUCAGUCCAGACCCAUAAGGGUAUACCUCGCCACUGGGAUAAAUUGGACAUACCAGAGACAGGAUUUAAGAGGGUUCAAGUUGCGAGUUCCUCAGAGGAGUACAUAGCGAUUGUUCACCUCUUCAACCAAUCAAUGUCUGGCUUCAGAGUCAGCAGCAUCGAAAGAGUCCAGAACCGGAGCUUGUGGCAAGUUUUUCAGUGGCAGGCAGAUCAGAUGAGAAAAAGGAAUUCUGGAAACACCAAUGAAAAAAUCCUCUUCCAUGGAACCGACUCCAAACACAUUGAUGCCAUCUGUCAGCAGAACUUUGACUGGCGCAUCUGUGGAACCCACGGAACCGCCUAUGGCAAAGGUAGUUACUUUGCCAGAGAUGCCAGGUACUCCGACAAGUACACAAGCCCAUCCGGCACCAGGUUCAUGUUUGCCAGUAGGGUGUUACUAGGAAAGUACACCAAGGGAAGCUCCAGCUAUGUCCGACCCCCACCGAAAGAAGAGAACAUGAGCGUGUUUUACGACAGCUGUGUGAACAGCAUGUCAGACCCCUCCAUAUUUGUUGUGUUUGAGAAACACCAGGUUUACCCAGAGUACCUCAUCCAAUACACAGAGGAUCCUCAGCCAUCAGCUGCACAUGUAUCGCGAAAUAUUCCUCCCCAAGGGGCCUUGGGACAGAGCCGUUGUCUGUCUGUUCCCUCACCUAAAACUAAUCUGGCAACCGUGCCCGUAGACACAACUUUCACAGCUGGUAGCACCAUCGCAAUCAGUGCAGAUGGCAGAGCCCUGCGGGCCUCAGCCAGAGCUUCCGAGGUGGUUUUCGGUCAGCCAGAUCCCACUCGGCACUCUCCCCGAUCUGUCACAACCACUUCAGCAAUGCCAGCAACAAACGCAGACUCGAGUUUCAAUUCAAGUUCCCCAGCCAAAAGAGGCCCAGUCAACAUGAAUGACACUACACUCACAGCCAGGCCUUGUGCUUUGCCUGGUGCGAUUAUGACCCCACCAAGUUCAACGGAUGGCUUUAUAAUGUCUAUGCCAGAAAAUACACUGGCCAGUCGUCCUCCAUUUAGUGUGGUCCCAACUUUGACGCCAGUGAAGCCCAGCCUAACGCCCAAGCCAGCGAGUGUCUCUCAUUCGGAAAGAAAACAAAAGAAAACAAAAGAAAUCUCCGAUGCCACCUACUCUCAUUUAGCUGUGUCUGAGGUGAUACACACCCCAGUCUCUCGCCCGGCUCCCCACGGAGUUACCUCGAUGGGAUCCCCGAGCGUUUCUCAACCUGAAGCAGCUGUUAGAGUUGUCAGUGACAGAAAUAGUAUUAUGAACUUGAUGGCCAGAGGGAAAGAAGGUUUGGUGGACAGCACCAGUUUGCCAAUGCAUUGUUCAUGUGUUCUUCCCGGUGGGGCGGCUGUGUCUGAAACACAUACCCCUCCGUCUCUUUCAAAGUUUGCCAGUCCCUCAGAUGAUUUGAAGGGGGUGCGCAUGUCAGCUGUGUCCCCUGCUACCCAAAAUGUUGCCUCAGGGGGAUCUGUUUUUAUCUCUGACCUCGAGGGAGCCCUCCAUAGGGCCAGGGAAAGGAGGAGGGAUCCAGGCCCCGCAAGCAGAACCUUAAGCUCUCCAAGUUCAAACAUUCCCCCUUCAGCGACCAGCCAAAACAGGUUGUCUUCAUCCUCGCCGACAAACAUGUCUCAACAGACACGUUUGUGCUCGUGGCUGAAUGACUCGCACUCGCCUUCACCCACGCCGAGGCGUGUGCCGUCCUCCUCGGUUGUGUCUGAUACCGCAGCCCCGUCUUCGUUUUCUGAUUUAAUCGAUUACUUCCAGAAACUCAAUCAAAAAUAACAUUCUGGGUUUUUCCCCCCUGUAGUCUUUUUCUCAGUUACUUUCCUGAUUUGCAAGAUUUGCUGAGAAUACAUCUAGUGUCUGGGUUAUUUCUGAUUCUUGUGAAUACACAUCUAUACCUCAAAUAAACA